AGACAGAGACACAGCAAAAUGCGUGCACGUUAGAGGAGGGACCUCCCCAGAAUGAGAGUGCAGUGGGACACAGAGGAGCAGGGACACCAAACUGCCAGGCAGCGGUGGCUCGGCUUGGUGGGAUAAGCCUUGUUCUCCGCUCUUUUUGACGCUGGGAAAAGGCCCAGCAAAAGCCCGGCUGUAGCAAGAUGGGAUCUGCCUCCUCCACUUACCGGCCCAAGUGUAUUUAUUUGGAUAUUGAUGGAAGAAUUCAAAAGGUGAUCUUCAGUAAAUACUGCAACUCCAGAGAUAUUAUGGACCUCUUCUGCAUCGCAACAGGGUUACCAAGAAACACAACCAUCUCCCUCUUGACAGCAGACAAUUGCAUGGUAUCCAUUGACCCGACGAUGCCAGCAAACUCGGAGAGGUCUCCCUACAAAGUGAUACCUGUUGCCACUGGGCAGCUUUCAGAUAAAGAAGAAUUGUUCCAGAAUUUAUUGGGACAGAUUGCUGAGCAGUUCUCAAGGGUUUUUAAAAUCAAUGAACUGAAAACGGAAGUAGCUAAUCACUUGGCAAUGCUGGAGAAAAAGGUUGAAUUGGAAGGCCUGAAAGUGGUGGAGAUUGAGAAAUGCAAGAGCGACAUUAAAAAGAUGAGGGAGGAAAUGGCAGCGAGAAGCAGCAGGACUACCUGUCCCUGCAAGUACAGCUUUUUGGAUGAAAACAAGAGGCUGACUCCCCGGCGGGAUGUACCAUCCUACCCAAAGUACAUGCUGUCCCAGGAGACCAUCGAAGCACUUCGGAAACCAACGUUUGACGUCUGGCUGUGGGAGCCCAACGAGAUGCUGAGUUGUUUGGAACACAUGUACCAUGAUCUUGGGCUGGUGAAAGACUUCAACAUCAAUCCUAUCACGUUAAAGAGGUGGUUGCUGUGCAUUCAUGACAACUACAGAAACAACCCCUUCCACAAUUUCCGGCACUGCUUCUGCGUGACCCAGAUGAUGUACAGCAUGAUCUCGCUCUGCAGCCUCCAGGAAAAAUUUUCCCAAAUUGACAUCUUGAUUCUCAUGACUGCAGCAGUAUGCCACGACUUGGACCAUCCGGGCUAUAACAAUACCUAUCAGAUAAAUGCACGAACGGAGCUGGCAGUACGCUACAAUGACAUCUCCCCACUGGAGAACCAUCACUGUGCUGUGGCUUUCCAGAUCAUUUCCCAGCCGGAAUAUAACAUUUUCUCCAAUGUCGACCAGGACCAAUUCAAGCAGAUAAGACAGGGGAUAAUUACAUUGAUCCUGGCUACAGACAUGGCGAGACAUGCAGAAAUACUGGACUCUUUCAAGGAAAAAAUGGAAAAUUUUGAUUACUCAAAUGAAGAACACAUGACCUGUCUGAAGAUGAUACUGAUAAAAUGCUGCGAUAUCUCCAAUGAGGUCCGCCCGAUGGAAGUUGCAGAGCCCUGGGUAGAUUGCUUGCUAGAGGAAUAUUUUAUGCAGAGUGACCGAGAAAAAUCGGAGGGGCUUCCCGUGGCGCCUUUCAUGGACCGCGAUAAAGUGACCAAGCCAACGGCGCAGAUCGGCUUCCUGAAGUUCGUUCUCAUCCCCAUGUUCGAGACGGUAACAAAGCUAUUCCCAGAAGUGGAGGAGGUGAUGCUCCAGCCCCUCUGGGAAUCCAGGGACCGCUAUGAGGAAUUAAAACAGAUAGAUGAUGCUAUGAGAGAGUUGCAGCAGAAGAAAAGCGACAGUCUGACCACCGGCAGUACCGAGAAAUGAGAAGAGAAAGACUCUGAGCAAAACAUAACCCCUAAGGUUAUUUUCUUUCCGAGAAACACUGUAUUUGCCAACCAGACGUGGCGGCUACAUCAAAACCCAGCGGGGAUCACUCAGGAGGAGAGGUGGCCAGGAUGGAUGCCCUGCCCGCCCGCCCAGGCGCUGCCACCCCUGCGGACGCCGUGCAGGUUGCAGCACAGCUCCCGUCUGCAGCGGGUUUGCGUUUUUGGCCACCGCUGGGAAUAAGGCCCGCUGUCUUUAAGGGCAAAGUGGAGCUGAGAAAGGAGCUGUUUCUGGAAAAAUGAUCCACUGGCAUCCAAAAACAAAAGAAAAAGUUGUUUUAGUCAACAUACUGCAUAUAUGUGUACAGUGGUAUGCUAAUUACAGCAUAGCUUAACAGAUGCUUGUAUUCUGACAGGGGCCCUGGCAGAUAUUUUUGUUUGCCAAGUAGGCCCUAAUGACACAUUUCUCUGUAUUAUUCUCUGAAUUUUAUAGUGUUCACAGUACAUUCAGAAGCCCAGCAAUUUUGCUUUUCUAUACUAGAAGUCAGAAAAAACCUUCAUGGGUUUGCGGGUUCGCUUUGUGGCCCUGUACAGCUGUCGUCAGGGGGUCCUUCAGCACAAGCAAAGGGGGGGGAGCACCACGCUGACACCACUGUGCGAGCAGAUUUUUAUCCUCGUGAAAGCAAAAAGCAACACCACCGACAAGAAGAACCUUCAAAGAUGUACAGAUUUUUUUUUUUUUUUUUUACUUUUAAACUGAUCUGCUAAAUAAUAUAUUCUUCUACAGAAA